UCUGUCUGUGCCUGGAAUGUGGCGCGCGAGACCGAGACAACGCUGUGUACAUAUGAACUAAUGCAGGGGGAAAAAAUCAAUAAAUAGUUUCUUUGGACGUUUUUAUUUAACGUUUACUGGGCUUGUCUUGUUUGUUGCUUGAAACACCCAUGAAGUAGCAGCCGAGAAGUUGAAUAUGCCUCGUAGACGACAGAGACACAUGGUUGGGAGUGGUUCAGAUGGAACUGAAGACUCAGACUCCUCUGCCGAAAGGGAACAGACCAAUAGUUCAGAAAGCGAUGGCAACGUGACAAAGAGACAGCGCCUCACCAGAGCCUCUACUCGCCUUAGCCAAAGCUCUCAGGAUACCCCAGACUUGAAGCGAGCGGCAGAUCACGACGAGUCUCCGCCACUGACGCCCACGGGUAAUGCACCCUCCUCCGAAUCUGAGCUGGACAUCUCCAGCCCCAAUGCCUCUCACGAUGAGAGCCAGGCCAAAGAUCAAGCCAGCAGAGACUCAGAUAAGGACCUUUCCCAUCGCCCAAAACGCCGCCGCUGUCACGAAACCUACAACUUCAACAUGAAAUGUCCGACCCCAGGGUGUAAUUCUCUUGGUCACCUCACAGGGAAACAUGAACGUCACUUUGCUGUAUCGGGUUGCCCUCUUUACCACAAUCUUUCAGCUGAUGAGUGCAAAGUGAAAGCCAUCAGCCGGGAGAAACAAGAGGAGGAGGUGAAGACACAGGAGGAAAGCAAUUCACGCCAUGCAACUCGUCACCAGACACCAACUCCAAAACAGAGCAAAUACAAAGAGCAAGUGGCGGAGAUGAGGAAGGGCCGUAACUCUGGCCUACAGAAGGAGCAGAAAGAAAAGCACAUGGAGCAUCGGCAGGCGCACGCCAACACCAGAGAGCCCCUGCUGGAGAACAUCACCAGUGACUAUGACCUGGAGCUGUUCAGGAAAGCUCAGGCCCGUGCUUCUGAAGACCUGGAGAAGCUACGUAUCCAGGGCCAGAUCACUGAAGGCAGCAACAUGAUUAAGACCAUCCUGUUCGGCCGCUACGAGUUAGACACCUGGUAUCAUUCGCCAUAUCCGGAGGAGUAUGCACGACUGGGUCGUCUCUACGUCUGCGAGUUCUGCCUCAAGUACAUGAAGAGCCAGACCAUCCUCAGGCGGCACAUGGCUAAGUGUGUGUGGAAGCAUCCCCCAGGAGACGAGGUGUACAGAAAGGGAUCUAUAUCUGUAUUUGAAGUUGAUGGCAAAAAGAAUAAGAUCUACUGCCAAAACCUGUGUUUACUUGCCAAGCUUUUCCUGGACCACAAAACGCUUUACUACGACGUGGAGCCUUUCCUCUUCUAUGUCAUGACCGAGGCUGACAACACCGGUUGCCAUUUAGUGGGAUAUUUUUCCAAGGAGAAAAAUUCCUUCCUGAACUACAACGUGUCCUGUAUCCUGACGAUGCCACAGUACAUGAGACAGGGCUUUGGCAAGAUGCUCAUUGACUUCAGUUACCUGCUGUCGAAAGUGGAGGAGAAGGUGGGCUCACCGGAGAGACCUCUGUCUGACCUGGGCCUUAUCAGUUACCGCAGCUACUGGAAGGAAGUGUUACUCAGAUACAUGUACAACUUUCAAGGCAAGGAGAUCUCCAUCAAAGAGAUCAGUCAGGAAACGGCCGUCAACCCGGUGGACAUAGUGAGCACGCUGCAGUCUCUUCAGAUGCUGAAGUAUUGGAAGGGAAAGCACUUAGUACUGAAGCGGCAGGACCUGAUUGAUGAGUGGAAAGCGAAGGAGAUCAAGCGAGGCAACAGCAACAAAACGAUCGACCCGAGCUCACUGAAGUGGACCCCUCCCAAAGGGACAUAAGCACUAAGAUCCUCAGGCUACUGAAUGAACUCACCUCCAGCCUCACCAGCCACAAGUAGCCUAGACCAAUGAACUGUCAAUAAUAAAGAUCAGUGUUCGUUUCUUUCACGUUUUUACCCCGUUUAUUUCUGCUUAUCAGUGUCUUUUUUUUUUUUUUUUUUACUUUUAUAUAUUACCUUCAUUUAUAUUUCAUGCAUCAUGCGUUCCAAGCUGAGUAGUCUUUGACUCAAAACAAUCAGUCCUAUUUGUUUUCAAGCUUCCUACGUGUGCUGAGCUUUGAAUGUCAAAUGAUAAACAGUCCAGUGUGGUGGAUAACAUGAAUGUUUUGCUUUGUCUGUUGAAGGAAGAAAAAAAAAAAAACGCAACUACAUUUGGCAGCAUUUACAGGUUCUUUUUAUUUCUUACAUGAAAUGUGCGUUUUAAAAAUGGUAGUUGUUCUUGUUUGGAUUUAAUGCAGUAAUUGUUAGCAUGAAUUGAAACUACGACCAGGGUGUGUUUUUAGGAGUAUUAUUUAUGGUCUUUGGUUGGUGUAAAAUUGUAUAGAUUAUAAUAACAUGUACUUUACUUUAAAAUUUAGCUCCAUCAAUACAUGAUUUGGAUCCAUUCCACUGGUGAACCUGCCAAAUAAUGGAAAAACAGUUUGUUUUUUUUAGUUUUCUGGGAACAUAAAAGAAUGAUAACACCACUGUAGGAAUGCACAUAGAAACAAAACAACCUCAGGUUUUUAUACUGACACAAUCAUACCUUGCUUGUAUGGUUUCUCUGAAACAUGGAUCGCGGUGGUUGUUGCGGAUGGGAUCACUCUGGUUAAAGGUUCUGUAAUAAACAGAAAACAUUUUUAACGGGACUGUCUUUGCCUUCUGCUUUUAAUCAUUGCUGUUUAACGUGUAUUAGCCAUUUGAUAUUUUUUAAUAUCAAUAAAGCUGCCAUGAUAUUUUCAAAUUAAAA